AUGGCCGAGAUUUUGACCUCGGACAAGACCGACGGCGAGGAGGAGUACGAGGUCGAGACGGCCGUCAAGGCCUGGGUCGACGCGCGGGUCGACGCCGAGGUCGCGCGCGCCGAGGGCCUCGGCCAGCGGACGAUCAAGCUCACGGUCAAGAACUGCGGGCUCGUCUUCCGCGACGGCGCCGUCGAGAACAGGGUCGAGGUCGACACGGGCUUCAACUUCGAUACGGUGGAGCAGAUCAUGCUGUCGCCGCCCGUCGACGUGCCCUGCAAGCGGGGCUACGCGCUCCGCUUCGUCAUCCUGUCCAGCGGCAAGCCCAUCGUGCUGCUGCUGCCCUACGUCUACGAGCUCGGCGUCGCGAAGCACACGCUCCAGCGCUGGGAGUUCGUCAACAAGGCGCUCGCGAGCUCGCACCACGUCGUCGACGCGGAGCUCACUUAA